AUGCAAGGACUUGCAGUAGUGUGUGUACUAUGCUUCUUUUCAUUCAAAGACAAGUGGGUCCUAUAUGAGUGUGCUGUUGUUCAUUGGUUCAAUGUCAUCGGUGAUGCUCCUGAUGAAGACAUGGGCAUGUGGGUAGUUCAGCCAUCCUUCAAUGAUCACUCUCCAGAUAUUUCAGUGAUACACAUUGACACAAUCUAUCAUGCAGCUCAUCUCCUUCCCAUUUACAGUACUGAUCCCAUCCCUCAUCAUCUCAAAUUUUAUCACUCUUUAGACCACUUCUGUGCUUUCUAUGUCAACAAAUUCGCGGACCAUCAUGCAUUCAAGAUUGCAUUUUAA